GGGGCUGGGGGGCUCCGGGGUUUAUUAACUGCUUUCAUAGUGGCCGGGCAGGACAAAACUUUCUUCUUUAAACUUUAUUUAUUUUAUUUUUUCGGGUAGCGCUGCGGUGCCCGUGCCGAGCCCCUCGCCGGGGCCCCGGGAGCCGGGUCCCGCCCGCGGCCGCGGGGCUUGCGCGGGCUCCAGCGGAGACGCAGCCCUGGGCAACGCGGCUGCUGCAGCUCCGCAGCCCAUGCACCGCUCUGGGUAUAUACAUAUAUAAUGCAUAUAUAUAAAAGAUAGAUACUUUCUGCAUGUACGCGUGUGGGUUUCUAUGUAUUUGGAACUCUGGAUCCGCGCGUGCUGAGGCCCUGCUCGUAAUUUAAACCUGCCUUGAUUAUGAUAAACAUCUCUGAUUUGGCUGCAGAAAAUAAGACCUGGAGAAGAAAGUCUUGCAAUGUGUGAAACUGUGACAUGCCUGGAAAUACGGGAUAUCCUGUCACACAUCUCUUGUGCCUGAUGAGGACUGGGACAGGACCACUGAAGAUACAGCUGCAUAGCUCUGUCACAGCUGCACACCUUCCCUGAGGCCAGACUAGUUCUGCUGAGAGGACUUAAAAUCAAAGUCUGAAAUGAGCCACUGUCUGGAAGGACCCUGACGUUACAAGUGCUUUUUGUACAAACAGCCGAAGUGCUACGUCUCUGCUCUGAGGGACUGGGAUGCAAACUAGCUCCAGUUCAGCUACCGCUUUGAUGCAGCUUCCAUUUGGAUAUCUCCAGAGUCUGCUCUGUGACCCUGAGACCUCAGCUGGAUGUUUUUUCUGCUUGUUCCUGCCCUAUCUCCACACCUCAAGACAUCUCUUUCAAAACAAUUUGUCAUUUGAGCUCUGCUGUGCGACUGAUGCAGGGGCUUUAAUCCAGGAUGAAUGAAUGCUACUAUGAUAAACGCAUGGACUUUUUCUAUAACAGGACAAACACUGACACGGUAGAUGAGUGGACAGGGACACAGCUUAUUGUUGUUCUGUGUUUUGGGACAUUUUUCUGCCUCUUCAUUUUCAUUUCAAAUUCAUUGGUAAUAGCAGCUGUGGUCAAGAACAAGAGGUUUCAUUUUCCCUUUUACUAUCUCCUGGCCAACUUAGCUGCUGCAGACUUUUUUGCUGGAAUCGCCUAUGUCUUCUUGAUGUUCAACACUGGCCCAGUGUCCAAGACAUUAACCGUUAACCGCUGGUUUUUGCGUCAGGGUCUUCUGGACACCAGCCUGACAGCUUCCCUGGUGAAUCUCCUCGUCAUAGCUGUUGAGCGGCACAUGUCGAUAAUGCGGAUGAAGAUCCACAGCAAUCUCACGAAGAAGAGAGUCACCUUUUUAAUUAUAUCCAUUUGGGCCAUUGCUAUUUUCAUGGGUGCUGUUCCUACCCUGGGUUGGAACUGCCUCUGUGACAUUACCGUCUGCUCGUCCCUGGCACCUAUUUACAGCAGAAGUUACUUGGUGUUCUGGAGUGUCUUGAACCUAGUGGUUUUCUUCAUUAUGGUGGUGGUUUACAUAAGAAUCUAUAUGUAUGUCCAGAGGAAAACUAACAUCUUGUCAUCGCACACUAGUGGAUCCAUUAGCCGUAGGAGAACCCCUGUGAAGCUUAUGAAGACUGUCAUGACUCUCUUAGGUGCCUUUGUUGUCUGCUGGACUCCUGGUCUGGUUGUCUUACUACUUGAUGGUCUGAACUGCACCUAUUGUGGAAUUCAGAAUGUUAAAAGGUGGUUCCUUCUCCUGGCCCUGUUGAACUCUGUCAUGAAUCCAAUAAUUUAUUCAUACAAAGAUGAUGAGAUGUGGGGCACCAUGAAAAGGAUGAUUUGCUGCUCCUCUGAGGAUAAGGGUCAGGAAAGACGCUCGUCACGGAUCCCCUCGACAGUUCUUUGCAGGAGCACAGACACCUCGGGGCACUACAUUGAAGAUGGCAUUAUUCAAGGGACAAUUUGUGGAAAAGGAGAUCUUAGUGAAAAAGGAAACUCCUGAGCUCUUCAAGGGACUGACUUGACUGGAUAAGGAGAGGGGGAAGGGAAAGGUUUUGUAAGAGAAGAUUGACUGGCAAAGCUGGUAAACAAUAUAUCCACUUCGUUCCAGAGCCUAAACUCCAGUGUUAACAAAAGUUCUUAUAAAUAAUUGCCUGAUGGAAAAACACUUUGUAAUGAAGAAAACUUUCUGUGCUGCCGCCUUGCUCUCUUUUUUUUUUUUUUCUUUUAAGUACAUAAUUUUUUUUUUCCAUAUGAAUGGAAUAAAUACAUCACAGAGACUUCUUGUGCAUGGAAAAAAAUUGUAAGCAACGUAGUGAGACCCUCCUUAAGCCCCUACAGAGAGAAUAAACCUGCCUUGCUGUGGAGGUUUGGCAUUCAUCGAGGAUUUAUGCUUUGACCAGUUUUUGUGCAUCUUGAGGAGGAUCAUUCAUAGGCUUGGUUGUACAGAAUCGUGACUUGUUUUCUUGGUUUUUGAAGUUCAUGAAAUUGUUCAUACUUAAAUUCUUUCCUCCUCUUCCUUGUCUUUGUUUCAAAAUAGGUAGUUUGAUGGUAUAUUAAAGCUGUGCCAGAAACCUGGCUAUGAUGGGAAGCCCAGACCAGAUACCAGUGUGCAUGAGUAUUCCAGCUGUGGAUUGUCGGGAUCUGAGGGUACAAAAAGCACAACCCCCCUUGUUACUUCCAUAGUGGAGUGAAUUCUGCAAGGAGAUACAUUGCACUCUCUGCUGCUAUUGAGCAGGCAGACACAGGGUGGGUUAACAGAAGAGCAGUGUGGCUGCAUUCAUUGUGUUCAUUUCUUCUGAUAACAUCAAAUGGGUGUGCUCACCCCUCUUUAACUGCUCUGCCACUGAGAGAAAUUAAAUCCAAAACUCUGUUUUAAGAGGGCGAACUUUUAAGGGAAGUUUAAAUACACAUAUAUACAGCUUCAAGCAAGCUAUUUAAAAUAGAAAUUAAUUUACAGGAAAAAAACCUGAAACCAACCUAAACCCCUACAAGAGUACAGUGUGCAUUGAUUGUCUGACCUUGUCUAGACCAAAUUUCACCUCUGAUUUGCAAGCAGAUCUUCCUGGAAGGUACUUGAGAAAAAAGCCAUGAAACAGCAAGCAACGAAGGGCUUUCAGCAUGGUGACUAAUCAAGUCUAGUGUUGAUGCAGCCACAGCCCAAAAAGCUGAGGUUUUGAUGUAUGGAGUAUUCUCUAAUGGAGGACCCAGCAAUUUUAAAAAGGUUUUAAAUUUAAACUUUUGAAUUAAAAUUAUGAAUGUGGGUUUCUUAGUACUCUAAAAACCUGGCUCCGGCUGUCUGGUUUCAACAGCAGUGAGCUCCCUGCUACUCAUCUCAGUUUCAAGAGGAAUUACCUUCACUGUGUCCUACAGAAAGUCUGAACCCUGGUGUUAAAGCAGGUGACCACAACCAGUGGUCACUUUGGAAAGUUUUGACCGUUUGGAAUUGUCAGAGAACAACACCAAGAGCAUACUGUAUGAGACUGAAAGAUAAACUGUGGUUUGGGCAAAUUCUUCCUUUGUUGCAACUUGCAUGUGGAUAUCUGGACUAGGGUGGUAAGAACAGAACCAGCACUUGGCUCAAAGGCCAAGCUGCAAUUUUGUAGAAGGCACGAGGGGGAUUUCAUAGCAGGCUUUAGCUUAGAAACACAGCAAAUCCCCAUUCAGAGAGCUCUCCCAUAGCACCAGUGACCUGGUAGGGAUAUGGCCUAACAUUUCAAGGUAGAUGCUGUAUUUGAGUAAUGCUAAAAAGGUUUACACAUGUUGCCAUUAUAAUGCAAUGUUCUUGUGCAAAUACUACUUCAUUAGUGUGGUGUUUUGAAAAAUAUGUCCAGUGGUGCUUUCUAGAGCCAGUGGCAUUGCAAAGGUAUAUCAUGCAAGUGUUCCUGUCCCUACAGCUGUCUGCAGUGUGCAGUUUGUGUUAACUAGGCUGAAGCUCCAUAUACAAAGUAGUGGAAAAUAA